UUUUGAUUUUUUUCUUCUAAAAAAGCCAAAAACAAAAAACAACCGUUCAAUUGCACCUCCCAGGUGCACUCGCAGGCUUGCCAGGGGCUUUCCGGGCGCAGACCAAGCGUUUUCGCAGACUCGGCCGCCGGCGGAACUGCAUUUCCCAGCGGGCCGCGCGCCCUCCUUCCGGCAGGCACGGCUCAAAACCCGGAAACGCCUUGCGGGGCAGUGUGGGAGGCAGAAGCCCAGGGCGGACAGGCCGGGCCCACCCGCGCUCGCUUACCCCGAGAUGGCUGGGAGGCAGGAAGAGCAGAGAGGGAGCCCGCCCUUGAGGGCGGAAGGCAAGGCCGACGCGGAGGUUAAGCUUAUUCUGUACCACUGGACGCAUUCCUUCAGCUCUCAAAAGGUGCGCUUGGUAAUUGCUGAAAAGGCAUUGAAGUGCGAGGAACAUGAUGUAAGUCUGCCCUUGAGUGAGCACAAUGAGCCUUGGUUUAUGCGUUUGAACUCAACUGGAGAAGUGCCUGUCCUUAUCCACGGGGAAAACAUAAUUUGUGAGGCCACUCAGAUCAUUGAUUAUCUUGAACAGACUUUCCUGGAUGAAAGAACACCCAGAUUAAUGCCUGAUAAAGGAAGCAUGUAUUACCCACGGGUACAACAUUACCGAGAGCUGCUUGACUCCUUGCCAAUGGAUGCCUAUACACAUGGCUGCAUUUUACAUCCUGAGUUAACUGUGGACUCCAUGAUCCCGGCUUAUGCAACUACAAGGAUUCGUAGCCAAAUUGGAAACACAGAGUCUGAGCUGAAGAAACUUGCUGAAGAAAACCCAGAUUUACAAGAAGCAUACAUUGCAAAACAGAAACGACUUAAAUCAAAGCUACUCGAUCAUGACAAUGUCAAGUAUUUGAAGAAAAUUCUUGAUGAGUUGGAGAAAGUCUUGGAUCAGGUUGAAACUGAAUUGCAAAGAAGAAAUGAAGAAACCCCAGAAGAGGGCCAGCAACCUUGGCUCUGCGGUGAAUCCUUCACCCUGGCAGACGUCUCACUUGCUGUCACAUUGCAUCGACUGAAGUUCCUGGGGUUUGCAAGGAGAAACUGGGGAAACGGAAAGCGACCAAACUUGGAAACCUAUUACGAGCGUGUCUUGAAGAGAAAAACAUUUAACAAGGUUUUAGGACAUGUCAACAAUAUAUUAAUCUCUGCAGUGCUGCCAACAGCAUUCCGGGUGGCCAAGAAAAGGGCCCCAAAAGUUCUUGGCACGACCCUUGUGGUUGGUUUGCUUGCAGGAGUGGGAUAUUUUGCUUUUAUGCUUUUCAGAAAGAGGCUUGGCAGCAUGAUAUUAGCAUUUAGACCCAGACCAAAUUAUUUCUAGGUUUGUUGGGAUCUUAUGGUGGCAGCUCAUCCAAGCAUUUAGCUAGACCUUAUGAUUGCCGAUAGCUCUCUGAGUCUGUCUUAUUGAGUAGUUAGCAGUAUUUUUUCCUAAAAUUCAGAAGUCAUCUUUGUUACACAAUACAGGGGUUCAGAUAGCAAUAGGACACAAAAUUGCUUCAUUCUACGACUGCCAGCUCCAGGCAGAGAUAGGAAGGCAAAGAGAUAAAAGGAAAAAUGAGAGAAUGAAGUCUGUAUAGGGUAGAGCAAUAGAAAGUAAACUUUGGGUGCCUCCAAAAUUCAUGACUGUCUGUCCCAUUGGUAAACCUCACAUUUAGUUACUUGUGGCCACUGCCCACACAUACACUCCUGUAAUUGAGAACUCUUAGGAGAGGACUAGGGAAUCACUGGGGAUAGUGGGCUGGAGAGAACCCCAGGCUUUAUAUGUAUAGCAUCUCAUUUGACAUCAGCGUUAAUUUUAAAUGCUUAUGAAUCACACACAUUGCUUUAGUAAGAUUAAGUGCUUAUAUACUUGGAAAUGUGAUGCUCAUUGGAACACAUCUGCCUAGCAUUUAUGUAAAAGUCUUAAGUGAUAUUAAGAUGAUUCCUUACCAUUUCAGAUGGUCCGCAAUUUGAAUUACCAAGUGGUAAUGGUUCCUUACUGUUUUAGAUGGUGCCUGUGAGAUACCAUUCCUCUGGAUGGUCAUGUCCAGUGGGAGGUAGAAAGGGUUGCCUCUAUAGCCCUCUUCGUGCACGUAAGUGGCAUUUAUGUGAAUGUCCCAGCUAAUCACUAGCAUGUCAUAUGGCUGGGUAGUGGGUAUUUUGAUGACCUGGGAGCACCAAAUAUGUUCAUUCUUCAUUUGGGGAGGCUGGUGUGUUAACACAAAAAUUGUUGUCCAGAUCUUUCAUCUGUUUAUGAUAUUAACAAAAACUUGUUAGAAAAGUCUAGUCUUAGCACUUGGCAGUUAAUCUAGGGAAGAUAAAUUAAAAGGAUAGAUAGUGAUGCAUACCUGUAUUCAUUCAUGUAUGUUUAAGGGAUUUGGGGAGGAUACCUCAGUUCAUCUGGAAGGGAUAGUCCCAGUGUGUCCCAUGAAUAACCACGGAACUGCAGCAAAUGGUUUGUGCUCAGAAAAAGUCUUUCAUGGUCACAAGAAGGCACCCUGGAGCUGGCCGUGAAGGCCUUAGGAGCCAUUUGUGGUGUCUGGUGGGUAGCAGGCAUAGAGAUGAUGUGCCGAGGUCCCUGUGAACAACAGUAGCCAAAGAAUGUACUAACUUUAUCAUUAAUAGGAAAGGCGCAUGCCUAGGAAGCAAUGACUUUUUGGUGGUAAAAUGAUUCUUUAAUUCUAUUUUGAUGGACUAUAAUUCCAUUUUGUGACCUAGUUAUAUUAGAAAACCUUGAUGAACUAUAUGUUCCCGAUUUACAAAAGAUUACUAAGACCUCCAGAGUAAACUCAAUCAGACAAUAAUUGAGUAGCAGCUUUUUAAGUAGUAACAUUUUAAAUUUGCACAUUAGUGUGUCAUCAUAUGGAGUGUCUGAAUCUGUUGCUGGUACAUACCAAUCCAUGUACUCAUAAGAGCCAUAGAACUUAUUAUUCAUUAGUUCAUAGUGUUUGAGUUCUUUAUGUCACUCUGUUAGAAACAAGAACUGAGUCGUGAAGAAAUAAAAAUUGGAUUUUUAUAAAAAUCUCUGAAGGAUAUUUACCUGUGAAAAGGUUGUUAAUAAAAAUUAGAAGUCCAUGGUUAACUUUUCCUUCAAUUUAUAUUAUUCCUGAAUCAUAGGGAAUCUUUAUAGAAUGUGUUUAUAAUUUCCUUGUACAGUUUCUUUGGAAAUACAUUAAAGAUAGUGGCAGUUUCACGUAUUUCAUGGAUACUUGAGUUUAUGCUUUUAAGGCGUUUGUUUAGGGAUACAAUGACCACUAGAUGUCGCUGUUCAUCCAGUAGACUAAGAUUGGGUGUUCUUUUUGUUCACCAACUCUUCUAAAAUGUUUCGAGCAAAGAUAGUAAUGACCUCAGUUUCUAGAAUAAGGGCAUCUUCAUCAGAUUAUUCUUCUGUUUAAAAAAAAAGCUUGAGGCAAAUGUGACUGAUUUCUAAUGCUUUGUAAGGGAUUACAGUAUCACACAAUGUCAAGCUAGAGUUAAACACAUUAUUAGCUAAAUAGGCACUUAUAUGUAUUUUCUUUUUCAUGAUUAUUGGUGACUGGUCAAUGUACUCCUCAAUUUCCAAAAUUUGUAUACAUAUCACAAUUAGAAAAAUGCCUGAGGUACUAAAGUUAUGUUGGCUUUUUGUGUCUUAACACACAUAAAUACUAUUGUUAUUGCGACAGAUGCCUUUUGAAUCCAUUUUCCAUAAUUGCAGAUAGUUGUAAAUUGCUUGCUCAAUUUUUAGUAAUUAUUGCUGUUGACACCAGCGUUGUAGAUUUUUGGUGUUGUUGAAUGCAAUAGAGAGACCAAGACACUAUUCUGUAAGAUCAAUAAAAGUAUUUGGAAAAUAAAUAUGAACCCUAAAACAAAGUA